AUGCAUCCGGAAUCAAAACCACGAACUGUUGAUGACAUAGACAAGGUUAUUAAGACAGAGAUUCCAGAUAAGAGGGAAAAUCCAAAAUUGUAUGCUGCUGUUGAGAAAUAUAUGGUUCAUGGUCCAUGCGGUCAUUUAAAUAGAAAGAGCCAAUGCAUGAUCAAUGGUAAAUGCUCAAAGUUUUUUCCCAAGGCAUUUCGAGAUAGGACAAUUAUUGACGAAGUAGGCUUUCCAAGAUAUCAAAGAAGAGAUGAUGGGCGAACUGUAUCAAAGAAAAAUAUAGAGGUUGACAAUUCAUUCAUAGUUCCAUACAAUCCCGGCCUUCUUCUAAAAUUUGGAUGUCACAUCAAUGUUGAGUAUACUUGCCAAACUUCAGCAAUCAAAUAUCUGUUUAAGUAUCUUCACAAGGGUAAUGACAGGGUGACAGCUGCAUUUUAUCAAAGCAAUGAAUCUCAGGUAGAUGAAAUACGUAAUUAUUAUGAUUGUAGAUAUAUAUCAGCAUGUGAAGCUGCAUGGAGAUUGUUUGGUUAUCCUAUUCAAAUGAAGGAACCAGCAGUAAUAAGAUUGCCAUUUCAUCUUCCUGAUGAUAUGCCAAUUGUCUACAAAGAUACCGAUACAAUUCAGUCAGUUGUUGAGACUUCUUUUUUCAAGGAAUCUAUGUUGAUUGGAUGGUUCAAAGCAAAUGAAGUCCAUAAUGAUGCCAAAAAUCUGACUUAUUCUGAGUUUCUAACAAAAUUUGUUUGGAAUGGAGAGCAUCAUAUGUGGACUCAUAGAAAGCAAGGCUAUGCCAUAGGAAGGAUAUCUCAUAUACCACCAAUGAAUAAGGAAGAUUACUAUCUAAGGCUACUUUUGAACAUUCAAAAGGGAUGCACGAGUUUCAGUGAUCUAAGAACAGUUAAUGGUGUCGUUUAUGACUCCUUCAAAGAUGCAUGCUAUGCUCUAGGACUGUUGCAGGAUGACAGAGAAUUCAUUGAUGCAAUCUCUGAAGCAGGAACAUGGCACUCUGCAACUUUUUUAAGGAGACUUUUUGUUGUUUUAUUAACAUCAAAUAAUAUGAGUAGGCCAGAUUUUGUUUGGCAAAAGACUUGGAACUUUCUCUCCGAUGACAUACUAUAUGAACAGAGAAGAUUAUUACAAAUGGAAGAUUUGAUCAUGUCAGAAGUCCAAAUAAAAGAUAUUGCACUUGUAAAAAUUGAGGAUUUGCUCCAGUCAAAUGGCAAGUCAUUGAAAGAAUAUUGUGGAAUGCCAUAUCCUUUAGAAAAUUUGGUGUCCAGCUUAAAAGACAGAAUUAUAAUGGAAGAGUUGAACUUUGACGUUAAUACUCUUGCGAAUGAACUAGGUGGGUAUUUAGAAAGACUAACUAAUGAGUAA